AUGAGCAGCAACACGGAACCACGCCCAUGCAGGCGAUGCAAGACACCGACCGUCUUGAAAGUGAGAAAGGAUCCUCUUUGCGAGACUUGCUAUGAGCAGCACAUCGUACAAAGAGUCGUGAAGCGCCUCGCCCAGCCAUACCGCGAUGUAAAGGACAAGCUCGGCACCACCCCCGACGCAAGAGCAAAGUACCUCCUCGGCCUCUCCCUCGGCCCCUCGUCGGCUUCCCUGGUCCAGGUGCUCGACAAGAACCUCCAGGGCCUCAAGGAGAAGAACCUGCGCGUCGCGUACGAGGUGCACGUCGUCCACAUCGACACCGACUUGUCAAACGCCGCAGAAGCGACCCCCUCGUCGUCGGCAAGCCUGCUCUUUGAAAAGUACAAAGAGCAGUUCCCCAACCUCUCGAUGCAAAUCGUCCCACUGGCCGACGCCCUCAAGCUGGACACGAUAGACUGGUCCGUUCUCCCCACCCUACAGCCCGGCCUCGCACCCGCGCAGCAGCUCAGCGGCCUCCUCGAGGCCCUGCCAUCCGUCACGUCGCGGGUGGAUAUCUUGAGGCUCCUGGUGCGGAAUCUGCUGCUGUCGCUGGCCGUGGAGAGGGAGUGCCACGCGCUGCUGCUGGGAUGCACCACGACUGCCCUGGCCGAGCUGACGCUCGCCGAGACGGCCAAGGGCCGCGGAUUCGCCGUACCAUGGCAGGUCGCCGACGGCCCUGUUCCCGUCAUGACGUUUUCUCGUGCGGGGGAGGAGCAGAGCGCGGAGGGCGGCGAGGAGGCUGUCCGAGGGACGGAGAAAACGAUGCUUCCAGUGUACUACCUCCUUCGAGACGUUUUCAGGCGGGAGGUCAUCACGUACGCGGGCCUGAUACCGUCUUUGAAGGACCUCGCCCUGGAAGUGGGACCAAGUAGCAACGCUGUUGUCUCGCACAAGGAGCUCAGUAUCGAGGACGUCAUGGCGCGGUAUUUUGAGGAGGUGGAGGAGAGCUAUCCGUCCGUCGUCGCCAACGUCGUUCGCACUAGCGGCAAGUUGACACGAGAGAGCGACGGCGAUGCGUGCGCGGUCUGCGGCAUGGACGUAGAUGCACAGGGAGAUGCCCGGUGGAAGGGCGAAAUUGGAGAGGACAUUGACGACAGUAGGAAGCGCACUGCAGGGAAACUGUGUUAUGGAUGUGAACGGUCUAUAUAUGGAUAG